CCUUUGGGUGGAUCAGAUCGUGCCCGCAGAGAGAGACACCGAGCUCUCCCCUCGUGUCUCCCAUGGCGGACCCCGACGCCCAAACCCAGAGCCGCGCCCACCCUUCGACGGCGCCGCCGGCUGCGGCGGGGACAGCCGGCGAACCGGUCGGGUUUCCCCAGAAUGGCGCUACAAAUGGUGCUCCUCUCAUGUUUCCGGUCAUGUAUCCUAUGAUUAUGACCGGAAUGCAUGCUCAGCGUAGCCUGGAUGAUCAGGCUCAAGGUCCAGGGAUCUAUGCCAUACAGCAGAAUCAAUUCAUGGGUAGUACACUCAUACCGCUCACUUACAGGAUUCCAACGGAAAGUGUCGGUGCCAUGGCCGGCGAAGAGCAAGCACAGGAUGCUAGGCAACAAAAUGGCCCUCAGAGACAAGUUGUUGUGAGGAGGUUCCACUUUGCUUUUCAGCUUGACUUGGCCCUGAUCAUCAAGUUAGCAGCUGUUGUAUUUCUGUUUAGUCAGGAAGGAUCAAAACAAAGGCUGUUUCUUCUCAUACUGUUUGCUUCAGUGAUUUACUUAUAUCAAACUGGUGCGAUUACACCUUUACUAAGAUGGCUGCAGCGAGCAGGAGGUGCUGCUGCUCGGCCUCCACAGGCUCCGGCUCGCCCAGAGAACCGUGCUCCAGUAGCUCCCCAGAAUGAUGGCAAUAUCCAACCACCUGGGGGAAAUCUUGCAGACCCUGCAAACAAUGGCCAAGCUGCAGAGAACCAGGAACCAGGGGCAGCAGGUGGUAAUGAGAAUCAGCAAGAGGUCGAGGGAGAAGGGAACAGGCGCAACUGGCUUGGGGGCAUCUUGAAAGAGGUCCAGUUGGUUGUUGUAGGGUUUGUUGCAUCGCUUCUCCCUGGCUUUCAGCACAAUGACUAGAGCUAAUCCUAUCGCUGCCUAAUCUUUCAUUGGCAAUGUAGCUGUUUAUUGUGACAUAGGCGUGAACAGAAAAAUGAUAUAAAACAGCAGAGAAGAGUUUGUUACAGAACUAAAUACAAUGCUGUUAUUAUAAUUCUGUUCCGAGUGCCAUUGUUAUAUUUAAUCGUUUUUCAUGCGUUGUACUAGCAUAUGACUUGCGGGGAUUUACCAUUUACGAUAAGUAUAUGACUUGAAUUUGGGGUUUUCACUUCUUCAGUAAGAAGCGACUGUAUAUUCUGCAACAGACAGUCGUAUGUAAAAAGUGAGACAGCUCUACUAAAAUAAAUGAGUUGUUUUUGUU